CGCAGUGAGCGCGAGACCGCGACAGGGAACGCUUGCAGUCCCGGGAAACGACAGUCGUGCGAACAGGAAACUCGCCGUGGCCGUGCGUCGACUCGCCCUCGAAUGUGUCACCGAAUGAUUGGGCACGCAACGACACCCGGACCGGCUGAUUUGUGAUAGUCACCAAAAACCACGAUCACGAGACCUCCAGAGUGCUUGCUGCUCGCAAUGGACGGACGCCAACAGCCGGAGUCAUCCGGCAUGCGGCCGGAGUGUCAAGAAGGUCGAAGUCGAGUGUGUCGGGUGUGCCGACCGUGGUCCGCGCGGAAGCGUCGACAGGGCAGCCGGUGUUUCCGCGUGGGGGCGCGACGUGCGUACGGAAGCGGCGACGAAGACGCUUCCUCCUCGAGGACCUCGCCGCAACCGUCGUCGUGGUCGUCCGGCGACGGUGACUGGGAAGACCAGACCGAGCAGCGGCGGUCGUCGUCGUCGUACCCUCGCGAGGCCCUGACGACGCUCGAAACCCUGUGGCGCGAGCGGAAGCUGUGCGACGUCGAGAUCGACGCGUCCGGCGAGGGCGUCGUCCUGGCGCACAGAGUGGUGCUGGCGGCCGGCAUUCCGUACUUCAGAGCCAUGUUCACGAGCAACCUGCGCGAGUCGCACGCCCACCGAGUCUCUAUCAAGGGCGUCGGUCUGCGCGCCAUGGAGCUCAUCGUGCGCUUCGCGUACACCGGUCGCAUCGAAGUCAAUGAGAAGAACGUCUGCCAGCUACUGCUUGCCGCCAACAUGCUGCAGGUGCAACGCAUAACAAACGCCUGCUGCAGAUUCCUCGAGCGACAGCUGGACCCUUCCAACUGCAUCGGCAUCGCAGAGUUCUGCCAGCAGCACCACAUACGCGAACUGCAAGACCGCGCUGAGCGCUUCGCCGAGCAACACUUCUCAAUGGUGUGCAGGCUGGACGAGUUUCUCUCGCUGCCGUGGUCGAGGCUGUUCGAGCUGCUGCGCAGGGACAGUCUCAAUGUGUGCAGCGAGAUCGAAGUGUACGAGGCCCUCGUGCGCUGGGUGCGGCACGACGAGCACCGGCGCGCCGGAGAGCUCGAGCGUGCCCUCAAGAAGGCGGUGCGCUGCCACCGGCUCGCUCCGAGUUUCCUGCGACGUCAGCUGGCCCACUGCGCCCUCCUGAGGGACACGCCCGGCUGCGCGGACUACCUCGCGGACGUGGUACAGGACCUGACCCUGCACCGCGGCUGCAGCUGCUGCGACGAGCGAUGUCCCAGCGUGCCGUCUCUGCUGUACGUCGCCGGCGGAUACCUGCGCCGCUCGCUGAGCACGGUGGACUGCUUCAGCGCCGAGUCCGGCUCGUGGAGCGCGUUGCCGCCGCUGCCCCUGGAGCGCAGCGGUCCCGGAGGCGUGUUCCUCGGAGGACUCCUGUACGUGGUCGGCGGUCGCGUGCUCCGACCGCCCACCGAGCUGGGCGAGGACGUGCCCGUGGUGCACUGCUUCAACCCGGCGCUCAACUGCUGGAGCGAGCGAAGUCCCAUGGGUGUGCCCCGACACAGGCUCGGCGUCGCUGUGCUGGAUGGUCUACUGUACGCCGUCGCGGGAUCGCACGGCACCAACUGCCUCAGUAGCGUCGAGAGGUACGACCCAUCGACGGACGAGUGGACAAGCGUGGCCGGCCUGUCCCUGGCGCGGUACGGACUGGGCGCGGCCGUUGUUCGGCGCCGGCUGUAUGCCGUGGGCGGCUGCGACAGCACCACCAAGUUCGGCCUCGUCGAGAGAUACUGCCCCGAGCAGGACCGCUGGGACGUCGUGGCGCCCCUCAAGGUGCCCCGCAGCGGUGCAGACGAGCAACGUCGCAUUGAAGAGCUGCAUCAACGAAAGCUUCAGGAACAGCUGGAAAUGAUCCGUUCGGAGGUAUUGCGCUACCGAGAAUUGGUGCAGAGAGAUGAAGAAGCUGUGAAGAUCGAGCAAGACAACGUGAAAAGCAAGGAAGCGAACCUGAAAUCGCUGAAACAAGUGAACGUGUUGUUGACGGAAAAAGCCAGCGUCCUGGAGAAGCAGCUGGAGGAGGAGGAGAAAACCUCGGUGGACCAACUUGCAAAGUUGGAAGCUUCCACGAUGCGAAAUGAAGUUCAGAAGUUGCAAGACGAGGUCGGACAGUUGAAGUCCGCAGUGGCGCGGCUUGAGAACAAAGCACGUGCACAGACACAGGACAAAGCUUCUGAAGUGACUCGGCCAUUACAGCUUCGCCCUGUCGGCGAGACUCCUCAAAACAAGCCGUGCUCUACGUCACUUGAUGCACCAACUUCGUCCCAUUUUGAAGCGCUUUCCAUUCCAAGCACCUCCAAGCAAAGCGUUGCAAUGGGAGCCCCCAAGAGGCUUGAGAAAGGCUCGCCACCUCAAUGUGCUACUCCAAGCCUGUCGCCACUGCUGAUGCCGCCACCAAGCAGAGCUCUGGUACGACCGAGGUCUACAACCGGAGGACACCAGCUUGACUCUUCGACGCUCUUGGGCAACUUAGAAUCGUUCUUCCAGUCAGCCCAUUCGCCCAAGUCUCCUGCAGCACAGAAGAGACCCGUGUCAAGCACUUUUGGAGACUCUGGCACAACCGCUCCUCCAUGCAAGCAGCCACGAAGUGGUGAUAGUGGUGCUUCGUCAUCGGCACCAGCUUCCAAGCCAGCACGUCAGCACCCCCAGGUUCCUCCCAAUGAGAGAACCUUGUCUUCUCUGGCAGUCAGAACCACCUCUGUUCCAGCCGAUGCCCAGCACAAGAACAAUUCGGCACCUGUUCAAACUCAAGUCAUUUCUUCCCAGUGUGCAGCCGCUAAUGCUACCUUGUCCUUCGGCAAGCAAGCCUUGUCAAAAACACCACAGGACAAACACCCUGUAGCUGCUUCGUCUGUGGGAUACCACACUCCUUCACCCAGAGACCAGACGUCUGUCAGACAUGGAAGACAGCAGGAGGAACUAACCCUCCACAGAGCUCAGGCUUCGCAGCCUUCAGCUGACCAGCGUUCACUGAUAGAGUUGUCUACAGCUGGUCCUUCCCGUACAGCACAGAGAGAACCUCUUCUGCAAUCUUUGGCCACGUCUUUCCUUUUGAGCAAUGAAAUGCGGGUAGACGGACCCCCUCGCACAGCUCAGCCUGCACGCCCUUCAGACGACCAACAGACAGUGGAAGAAAUGAAUCUGCCAGGUCCUUCCAACCUUGCGCAAAGAGAACCUGCAAAGUCUUUGGCCACUUCGGCUAAAUGGAUCAUGGGGUUGCAAGAGCAGCGAUCCCACCAGGCACCUCACUUUUCGCAGUCUGGUUGGCAGGUGAUGGAACAAAUGGGCCUGCCUGUUCCCAACGUGGUGCAAGGAGCGCCUGCAAGGGCCGUGUCGGUGUCAGCUAAAUGGGGCAUGGGUCUGCAAGAGCAACAGUCUCACCGUACCGCUCACCUUCCACAGUCCGCAAGUGGCCAGCAGCAGACGUCGGCACAGAUGUGCCUUCCUGGUCCUUCCCGUGUAACGCAGAAGCAGGAAGCUUCACACCCAUCAACUGCACCGUUGAAGAAGAGCAGAGGACUGCAGGAGCCAAGGCCCGUUGUACAGCCUCCCAAAGAAGGGCAUGUGUUUGAAGGAACAGCCACUACCAAUAUCUUUCAGGCGGAACACACACGGCCGGCACAGUCCCCAGUUAAGUCACCAAACUGGGACACCCAGGACACGCAGUCUCCGGAGCACGGGGAAGUGCCAAAACCCACAGACAGCCAAAGCUCAAAGGAGAGUCCAUCGGAGUUUUCUUUUGGUGCAGCAGCUUUGAGCCCUGAAGCCAGCGGUGAAGAUGCUGGUUACACCUUCAAGCACAGGGCCAGGUUGACUGGCGAAACAUGGGUGCGGCCUUUGCGCUGCAGUGGGUGUAGUGAGGCCGAUGAUGAAUGUUGUCUCAACGCUCCAACAACUGCAGGGACCGUUGCUUUUGGAAAACACAUCUACGUCAUUGGCGGCUACGAUGGUCGAGGCCAGGUCACCUCUGUCGAGCGCUACGACACGGACCUUGAUGUUUGGGAGAUGGUGGCCCCCCUCAACACACGAAGAAGUGCGCUCAGUGCCGCCGUCUUGGAUGGCAAGAUCUACGCUUUAGGUGGCUACGAUGGCCAGGAGUACCUGUCUACCGUGGAAGUCUACGACCCCACAAUGAACGUGUGGACCACGGGCCCGCCCAUGCCUUCUUGCAAGAGUGGCCAGGCUUCGUGCUCUUCCCCGGCGCCUUGUGUGCUCCACAAAGUCUUAUGACUCCGAGACACGUCACUACAUGCAUACUGUUACCUGCCCAAGCCUCACCGCAACAUGGCAGAAUGUGAAUGCCAUACAGAUGAAUGAGUGAAUAAGAC